AUGAGACCGACAAAGUACUUGCCGGGGCCCUCGCUCCUGUUGACGACGUUGGGCUCCCUCGCCUUCUUCUCGGCGCCUGUUCUCGGCCAGGACGACAAGACGUCCGACGACAAGAAAUCUACGCCCAAAGCCACACCUGUCGAUAAUAAGUCGACGCCCACUCCUAGCCCUAGCCCAAGCGCCAAGUCGACCCCCUCGGCGACGCCCAAAGACUCACCCACGUCCGAAAGCUCGACGCCGUCGGCCAAGUCGACCCCUUCCCCGACCACCGAUGAGAAGAAGUCCUCGUCGUCCAAGAUCAGCAUCUCUAACACGGGCUCUUUGGUAACUUCGGAUCCAACCGGCCAGCCCACCAUCACCGGUGGCUCCCAGGUCACCACAGGCAAUGAGCUCACCGGCUUCCCGACGCUGACGGGCCCCGGCGGCAUCCCUACGUAUCCUGCCCCGUCCGUACCGCCGACCAAGAAUGCCCCCUUCAUGCAGCAAUCGAGUAUGCCCGAUGGCAGCGUCUUCAUCAUCGUCGGAUCCAUCCUCGGAGCCUUUGGCCUUGCAAUCUUGCUGUGGCGCGGCAUCGUUAGCCUCCUCCUCCACCGGUCCGUCGAACGCGCUGCCAAGGCACAGCACGAUGCCAACGCCAAAGCCGGAUUCCCCGCGCCUCCUGCCCCUUUCUACAAAUAUACCGAUCAAGGCUCGACAAUGUCCCUGGGCGGGGCCGGAGGCGCUGCCGCUGGGCGCGGUGUUCGACGAACCAAUCGUGGGCCUAUCCCAUCCUCAACCCCGAGCCACUCGAACCUCUUCUUCUCCCCCACGGCCGCCAACAACAGCGGCUCUGGGAAUCGUGGCUCUGCUUUCCUUCCUUCUGGCUUCUACGCAUCCAACUCUCCAAGCGCUCCUCCCAAUCAGACCAACAGCAUCAGCCUGAACAACCUCCGACCCGACUCGCGCGGCCACUAUGCCAAUGUCUCCCGCAACACUCUCGGGCCCUCGCCCCCCGACUCGCCCCAAUAUGCGCCGCGAAGAGACGCGAGCGGCAUGAGCACCAGCUCGGUGAACUUGAGCGCCCUCCCUCCCGGCCAGCGAGCGCCCAGCGCGUACCUCGAGGACCUUUUGGGCGACGAUCCCAACGCCUUCCCGCCGCCCCAGAUGCCCCCGUCAACGGGCCCCAGAAACUCAACGGGAGGAGGAAGAACAAACAGCCCCUUGACUCGGUUCUGA